GAGACCAACGUGGUUGGAGCAUGGAUGGAUUAGUAUAGAGCUGGAGCUCCGUGUGGCGUUAGUGCUUUACUGUUUCUGCUGAUGUUUGUGCAGUUUAUAGAGAAAUGACUGAGAGUUUAGCAGAGGCGGCAGCUCAGCCCGUGAAAGAGCUGCUGGCGCUAAACCCCAAUCAGGAGACCGAGUUUAAGAAGAAGGUGCAGGAGGUGAAGAAGAGGAAGAAGAAGUCAGGCCAGCGGAGUCGUCUGACUCCAGGAGUAGUCUACGUGGGUCACCUUCCACUGGGCCUGUUUGAGCCGCAGCUGAAAUCUUACUUUGAACAGUUUGGGAAGGUCUUGAGGCUGCGGCUAUCGAGAAGCAAAAAGACUGGUGGAAGCAAAGGCUAUGCCUUUGUAGAGUACGACUGUGAUGAAGUAGCGAAAAUUGUGGCGGACACAAUGAACAACUAUCUAAUGGGGGAGAGAAUCAUCAAAUGUCAUGUAAUGCCACCAGAGAAAGUGCACGAGAAGCUGUUUGAUGGCUCCCAAAAAGUAUUUAAAAAGCCCUCACGUCCUGCUGUGACGAGGUACAACAAGGAGCGUACGGCCGAGCAACUGGAGAAGAUGAAAAGCAAACUCCUCCGGAAAGAAUCGAAGCUCCGCAAGAGGCUGGCCGCACAUGGCAUCGAGUACGACUUCCCAGGCUUUGCAGCACAGAUGCCCCUGAAGAAAAAGUCCUCUGACUCCAUGGAUGCAUCGACGUGUAGUAAUGACACCACACCGUUGUGCACCCCCUCCCUCCUGGAGAGGAGGAAGUCCAUGAUCGUCAACGAUGAGGAUGUUGAUGACGAGAUCGUCGUUAAGAUUCCGGCUGCAGAGAAAGAUGAAGAGGGCUCCUCUUCGGAGGAGGAGGAGGAGGGGGAGGAGGAAGAGGAAGGUGGUGAUGAUGAUGAAGAAAAUUCAGAGUGCGAAGAACUCUCUGAAGAGGACACAGAGGAGAAGUGAACUGUGUUAUUGUGGACUGAGGCUGUCGGAGCAGACGCAUCAGGAUUCCUGGAGAGGGAUGGAACAGCUUUGAACUGUGAUGAAUCACAGUGUUUUUUUGUGUGUGGAAAUAACAUGACUGUGUAGAAAGAUAAGUGUCCACUGUAAUUGUGAGGUGCAAGAUUGUGAAGCAUCAUGAGUAAUGCUCACAAAUGAUAAAUCUUGGUCAUGAGUCUGUUUUAUGGGCAGCAGCUGUGCCUGGACUUGUUUGGAAAAAGGCACAAAGUUUUGCGUCCGUGUCUGAGCAGACGUUUCCUUUCAGAGCUGCAGUGUUGAUUGAAAAAUGCAACAUUGCAGCAACAUUUUCCUUUACUUUAUAACCACACUCACACUCUCUGAACGCCUGGUUGAACUUCCAUGAAUCUCAUGGUCUUUAAAAAUAAACAUUAUCAAAGUAUA